UCUAAAAUCAGGAACCAGCAGGGACACACACUCACACAUACCAAAAAUAAAGAAGUAACAAACAGAAAGCUCUGCCGUUUUGCCACGGUCGCUGUUAGGCUAACACUUACAUUUUAUUAGUUCUUGGCUUUUAUUUAGGGGCCCUGGGAGCUGUGUGGGCCCCCAGUGGGUAAGGUGUUUGCGCGGAGUCUUUAGUUUCAUUUAGUAAGAGGAAAUUUAGAGUUGUGCAAUGACUCUUGGGCUGUUUUGAAAGCAAUUGAGAAAGCGCAUCGAGCUAGAGUGCGUGAAGCGGAGAAGACUCCAUGUUGUCUUCAUACAGAAUGGAGGGGUACAUCAUCCCACCUAAAAAAAGCUGGACUGGCUGGAUGUCACAGGCCCCAUCUGAAUUUAAAGAUUACUGGGCCCUUGUAAAUAAAAAUCCAACAGAAGAUAUGAUCUACGAACCUGAAAUCUAUCGACAACAGAUGGAAUAUCAAUACAUCAUCGAUGGAGAAGGCCAGAGUGAUCAUACUUGGGAGUACAGUACACACCAUGUCCACCCUGGGGACUUUGAGAAUUUGACAGAGAGCCACUUCACGGAGCUCCAGAGUGUGCAGCCAGUUCAUCCUCCCAGUGUGCAUCGCUUUACUGAUGUUGAGCCAAGCCAUUUUCUGGACCCCAGUCUGACUGGACACCAUCUGGGACUGCCUCCUCCACAGGUGGCUUGCUUGCCUCGUCCGUCUGUUUAUUACCCGCAUAGUGUGCAGCCCUCACCUCUCCUGCGCAGCUCCGACGAUGAUGACCCCGGCAGCCGCAGUCCCCCCCUGGAGGUGUCUGAUGAGGAGUGUAUGAGGGACCAUAUCAGUUCUACCACCGGGGUUGAACAUGGAAACAAGAAGAAGAUUCGUCUGUAUCAGUUCCUGCUGGACCUUCUGCGAAACGGAGACAUGAAGGAUAGCAUCUGGUGGGUGGACAAAGAAAAGGGAACUUUCCAGUUCUCUUCUAAACACAAAGAGAUCCUGGCCCACCGCUGGGGAGUGCAGAAAGGCAACCGCAAGAAGAUGACCUACCAGAAAAUGGCCAGAGCACUGAGAAACUACGGCAAGACCGGAGAGGUGAAAAAGAUCAAGAAGAAGCUCACGUACCAGUUCAGUGGUGACGUGCUGGGAAAGGGCCACAUGGAAAGGAAGCUGUACAUGUAAAGCAGCAGAAAGAUGGACAGCGAGGCAGACAGAAAGCAAAAUGAAUGAGAUAGACAGGAGAGACUUGACAGUCUUUUGAAAAGAGAGCUCUACUCACUGGACUUGGAGCAUUAGACUAUUCGCUUGCCCUUUACAUUCCUUUUUAUAUUAUUCACCUUUGCAUUAAUUCAGUGAACCUUCUCUAUGAACUUCUAGCCCAGAGUUCACACUCCCAUUUCAGCUGCAUGUCCAAUUAUACAACUUUCUAUUCUCUAUACAGAAGAGAAAGGUAAAACAUACAGACAGUGAGAUCUGAUCCAUUAUAAAGAUCAAAUGUGUGAGUUAAAAAACAAAAUGAAACUCGGCAGCAGUAUAGAAGCUGUUGUUAAGUGAUCAUUGAGGAGGGGGUGGGUCGAGGAGGGGAGGGGGUUUUAGUCGUGGGCGGGGGUGGAUGGAUGGUGUAUCACAAAAAUACAAAAGCAGAAGUGAAAACAAAUGACACAGGCUCACGCUGUACGGAAAAUACGGCUGUCUCGUCUGGCCAACACACACGGGGUGAUUCUGUUUUUGCCAUAAAGGGUGCUUUUUUUUUGACAAAACAUUGUUCAAGGACUGUAAGAUUUAUAUUCAUUUUGUAUAUGAAUAAAUCUUUUUAAAAUAGUACAAGAAGUAAAAUCAGAAUGGUCACAAAAUCUUUUGGAAGAUUGGAAGGAACUGGUUUCACAAUGUCCAUUAUUUAUCACCGAGUUCAAGUGGGAGUAAAACACAAUCUGGUUUUGUGAUAAAGCUUUUCAGUUUCUAACAGAUUCCUUAACGGGCAUUCCAGUCUAGCACUCUGUGCUGGCUUUGUGCUUAUAAGAUCUUUAUAAGAACGCUGAGCUUUACAGUUUCUCAUCUUGAUUAUGGGAGUAUUGAGAAAAAUCUGAUAUUUAAAAUAUAUUUAAUUAAUCUAUAAAAGUCAGCCAUUAAACUAAAAAACUAUGCACGUUCAUUCGUAGUACAAUACUGUUGCUUUUGUGUGUUUGACUCACCAGCACCCCCUGUCUAUACAUAUUCCUAAACUUUUUAUAUAACCAUCUCUCGACUUAAAAUCGAGCAAAUUUAUUUCACUAAAGGACGUACAUGAAACAUUGAGUGUAUAGUAUUUAUUC